GCCAGCAGUUUCGUUGGCAACAGCCUUGCGUUCCAGCGCCUGAAAAGACAGGUUUGCACGUUCUAUUGCAGGGCCGAUUUGCAGUAGCCCAUCGGAGACAAUUUACCACAGCACAUUGGUGUCCGUUUACGGCAGGACGUCGGUAACAAGAUGGAGACGCCGGGCUUCACCGGACUCGCCGAAGAACCUUUCGCUGAAAUGAACCACGGUCAGACCACUUCGUACCCGUCGACAUACACAGCAGCCGAACUCAGCGAACAAUACCAUGAAUCCUUCUGGCCAAUCUAUCAGGACAUUCCAACGGACGACAGCAUGAACCAGCUCCUUGUCGGACGCGCCGAAGAAGGUUUCUUUGCAGCAGAGCACGACUAUAUGACUCCAUCGCGUACGACAUCCUGGGUAGGUUCCUACACCAAAAGUGAUCAGAACCUGUUCAGCACGUGGAAGUGGCUCGCCAUGUUCCUGACUUGCUGCGUCAUUGGGUUCGCGACGACGCUGCUGUUUUUCACUUUCAUCGAUACGAAGGACAAGGAGACCACUACAUGGCUCGAACUCGAGAGCUCAACCUUGGUCGCCCCGCAAGCUGAGACUAAAUAUCCAAGGGUCUUGACGACGUCGACACUAAAUGUUACCGACUCUGCCGCAGCCGAGAGCUUAACUUCACCACGAGGGAUCUUGACGACGUCUACACUAAAUGUUCCAGGCUCUGCCACAGCCGACAGCUUAACUUCGGAACUAAGCAUCUUGACGACGUUCACACUAAAUGUUACAGACUCAGCCCCAGCCGACAGCUUAACUUCGGAACGUGUUGAUAUUUUUCAUUUUGAAAAGUCUCGUCGCAACAAUGUUGACGAGGGAUCACAUUCCUACUGAUUCAUGGAACUUCCGAUCUGACAUUUUACAUUACAUUAGCGCAAUAGAAGGACUUAUUAUUCUUAGGCCGAUAUUUGCAGCCUAUUACCCUGUCCGCUCUUUUCUCUGGAAUACUUUUUAUGUAUUGUUGCAUUACGCGGUCUUUGUAACGAAUAUACUUCAUUUCACGCUGCUUUGGAAA